AUGAUUUCCACGAAAGUCUUGGCUCUCUUUUUGGUGCUUCUCGUCGCCGUUUGUGUUUAUGCUGAAGAAGAAAGUGAACAUGGAUUGGAAGCGACGGGACACGAGAAAACAUUGAUCCGAAAUCGCCGAUGGUGGCCAUGGGGAAUGGGAAUGGGCGGAAUGGGAUAUGGAAUGGGUAUGUAUCCGGGCAUGAUGAUGGGCGGAUGGGGAAUGAGACCAUUCGGCAUCCCACCACCCUCGAAAGGCGCGAAAAAGACAAGCUGGCGAUCGAUCUACAUGGCAACUUUGAUGAUGGCACUUGCUGGCAUCAACAUGUCGAUCUUUUUUAUGGCCAAUGUCUCUUUUGGAUGGUGGGCUCAAAAAACGAUGAAAACCGCUCAUCCACUCAUUUUCGGUUUCUCGAUGGCUGCGAUUGGCAAUUUGAUCUACUCAAUUCUGCCGAUUUUACCUGAACAGGCAGCUCUUCCAUUAAUGCUUUUUGGGAGGAUUUUGACCGGUUUCUGUACAGGCUGUCUGGGCGUUCUUCGCUCAUUCGUUGCCAUGUGUUCGGCGGUGGAAGAUCGCAUGAAAGCGAUGUCGACGCUUAGCACUGGGUUGACGAUUGGAUUAUCGAUUGGGCCGGUCAUUCAGAUGUGCUUCAUGCCGAUCGGCUCCGAGGGAAUCCGCGUCUUCGGUCUUAUUCAACUCAAUCAAUACACGACUCCCGGUUUCAUCAUGUUCAUCGUUGGGAUCAUUUGCGUGAUUCUCUUGGUGACAAUCUUCGAGGAGAAUUAUGUGGGAAUCAUUUCAGAUGAUGAGAAAACAAGCAAUCCCUGGUUGGUUAUCCCGAAAUUCGAUCGAGCUCCCGUUCUUGUCAUGUUCUAUUUGUGGGGACUUUUGAUGACAAUCGCCACAUCGAUCUAUUGUGUGGCCACUCCGAUGAGUAUGGCAAUGUUCGGAUGGAGUAGUGAAGAGGCGGUGAUCUACAACGCAGUUCUACAAACCGGCUCGUGCAUCUGCUCGGCAGUGACUGCGUUUCUUCUUGGAAGGACAAGACUUGGGAAUAUGGAUCGUCGUAAACAAUUGAUCAGUGGUUUCUUGAUGUUUUUGCUGAUCAUGAUCCUCUUUUAUCCAUGGUUUUUCUAUCCAGGACCACAGAAUGAAACAGAUAUGAUCGCUGCCUGCAACUUUGAUUGGUGUGCGACAAGGAAUAGAAUCCCAUUUUGGGUUUAUUGUUUCUCUUUUGUCAUCCUUCUUGGAAUGGGUUUCCCGCUUUGCAUGACUGCACUCAACACAAGACUCUCUGAGAUUUUGGGACCAAGGAAACAGAGUUUUGUGCAAGGAAUGAUGGCAUUCACGGGCAGUUUGGCUCAAUUCUGGUGUCCAAUUCUUGUGGCUUUCCUCUACGAAAAGGACGGGUUCCGACCGGUUGCCGUGUUGAAUUUCGGGUUGCAUUCCGUUGGAAUCGUUUUGAUCAUUUGGGUGUUUGGGAGGAUGAUUCCAUUGGAGAUGGAACCACCAAUCGGCACACCAACGAAAUACAAAAGAGGCACAUUUUAUCGAAUG